AUGCCAGUCUAUUUGGCGAUUCAAGGAAUUGGACCGUCUCAAAUUGUUUCCACCAGGCUGGUUACCGCCGUAGUCAGUCCAAGAUCGCCGAAUAUUUCGUCAUUCGCCGAAGAGAUGCAGUUUCACGUGCUGCCGAAGCUAACCGUGUCUUUGCCUACGGCAAGCUUCUCUAUCGAAAGCUGGAAUUUCCCGGAUUCGGCACUCCUUGCGGAUCCCAUGUUUUUCGAAACAGGACCAAUUGACCUCAUCAUCGGAGCAGAAUACUACAUGGAGCUGCUGAAGGAAGAAAGGCGAAAGGUUACGAAUGAAGGUUCGAGUAUGCAAGACAGCGUGUUUGGAUGGAUUGUUUCUGGUCGUAUUCCUGAAGUUGGUGCUGCGUACUCUGUAGUUCACAUUUGCUCAACGGCGGAGAUACAAGAACAGCUUUCAAGGUUCUGGGAAGUGGAAGCUUGCCAUUCAGCCAGUACAUUCUCGGUCGAGGAGUCGGCCUGUGAAGAAUUUUACGACAGAACAACGUUCAGAAACGAAGAAGGGAGGUACGUAGUCACGCUGCCGAAAAAAGAAGGAAUAAUCCAGCAAUUAGGCGAUUCAAGAUCAACAGCAGUCAAGCGUUUCAUGGGAAUGGAGCGGAGGUGCGCAAAUAAUCCGGAGCUGAAGGCGCAGUACGCGGAGUUCAUGAGCGAUUACUUGUCUAUGGGUCACAUGCGAGAGCUUUCCGAGGAAGAAACAAGUGCGUCGUCUUAUUACUUGCCUCAUCAUGCUGUUAUGAAGCCGGACAGCACUACGACAAAGCUACGAGUCGUGUUCGAUGCAUCAUGCCGGACAUCUAGCGGAAUUUCUCUGAAUGAUGCUCUGAUGGUGGGACCCGUUUUUCAGGACAUGAUUGUGGGCAUCGCAUUCCGCUUUCGAACACACCGAUUUGCUCUCGUAGGAGACGUUGCCAAAAUGUAUCGUAUGAUACUGUUGAAUCCAGCCGACCAGCAGCUGCAGAAGAUCGUUUGGAGAGAUAGUGCAGAGGAGCCGAUUCGAACAUUCGGUCUCGUUACGGUUACGUACGGUACGGAAUCAGCUCCAUACUUAGCCACAAAGUGUCUUCGGCGCCUGUCAGACGAAGGCCAAGGUGCGUACCCCAAAGCUGCAAAGAUCCUCAGGAAGGAUUUCUACGUGGAUGACAUGCUGUCUGGUGUAGACGACAUUGAAAAAGGGAAACAACUCAUCGAUCAGAUAAUAGAACUGCUGCAAUCUGCUGGAUUCUCUCUGCGAAAGUGGAAUUCUGUCAGCGGUGCCGGAGGAAUUGAGAGACGAGCGGUCGAUUUUGGAAUUGGAUUCAUCGACCGCUGCAGUGAAAACUUUAGGUUUGACCUGGGAGCCCAGCACUGA